UCAUGUAUUUUACAUUUUUUUGUACAGAGUCUUUGAAAUCUGGUAUUUUAUACUUAAAGCUUGUCUCCAUUCAGAUUAGCCACAUUUCAUGUGCUUAGUAGGUACAUGUGGCCAGUGGCUACCAUGUUGGACAGCACAGCUCUAGCCCAUUUGUUCACACCUUUUGCAGAAAAUAAGUGUUUGAGUUAGCUUUCCUGGGCAAAGGCCCAAAGUGCCAGCAUUUUUUUCCUAAUAAUAAAUGAUAAUAGUUGCAAAUUUUGAACAUCUAUUAAAUGCCAGGCAUUGUGCUAAAAACAUCUCAUUUAAUCCUUAUAAACUUGUGGUGAGGUGAGUGGGAUUACCCUCAUUUUACAGCGUAAGAAAUUGAGGCAUAGGUCAAGUAAUGGUUACAAUCACACAACUCCAUUUAGGUCUCAAACUCAGCUCUCAGUACCCGUGCUCUUAGAUCAUAGCUUGAGAAUAUCACUAGCUUAUAUCUAUUGAAUCCCUACUGUACCAACACUGCUGCACUCUAUAUAUCUGAGACCUCAUCCAAUUAUUGCCUCAUUCAACAGUGCUUUGUGGGUGACACUGUAGUUAAUCCCACUUUACAGGUGAAGAGACUAAUGUCAGAGCAGUGAGUGCUCAGGGACUCAUGGAUGGUUGUUUGGCAGAGCUUAAGUCAGAACCUAGGCUUCUAACCUCAGAACUCAUGCUUGUAACCACUUCUCUGUCUUCUUUCUGCCUUAUUGGACAAUGAACCUGAGUUGACUUCAUUAUUUUUCUGACCUAUGCCAGGUCCUGGAGGUAAAAGGCAGAGAUGGACCUGGUGAGACUUGCCCGGCUCUUCUCCAGCCCCCACCCCCUGGGACUGUCCAUCCUGCAACACCUUGACCCUCUCAGAGCCAGAUGGGUAGGAGGUAGGGAGGGGCCUACAUGGCUGAGGGCCAUGGGGCUGACUGGGCCAAGACUAGCAGCCUUCAGCAGCAGCUCCCUCUCUCAGCUGCCCCUUUGCCAGGGAAGCCAGAAGAACACACGCAGCCUCAGCUCUGACCCCAGCAAGCCCAGCCCCAUGGCCACCCAGGAGGAAGAGAAGGAAGAAAGCUUUGGGACUCUCUCGGAUAAAUAUUCCUCCCGGAGAAUGUUUCGCAAGUCGACGGCCCAGUUAUAUAACCUACGGCUCAGGGAACAAGAUGAAGAAGAUGAGGAGCUGGAGCCAAAAUCAUGGCAGGGCCGGAGAAACACCCCUUACUGGUACUUCUUUCAGUGCAAACACCUGAUCAAGGAAGGAAAGCUGGCCGAAGCCCUGGACCUGUUUGAGAGGCAGAUGCUGAAGGAAGAGCGACUCCAGCCCCUUGAGUGCAACUACACGGUGUUGAUUGGGGGUUGCGGGCGGGCCGGAUACCUGAAGAAGGCCUUCAGGCUCUAUAAUGAUAUGAAGAAGCGGGACCUGGAGCCCUCAGAUGCCACCUAUACAGCCCUGUUCAAUGUCUGCGCUGAGUCCCCCUGGAAGGACUCUGCUCUGCAGAGUGCCCUAAAGCUACGGCAGCAGCUCCAGGCCAGAAACUUCCAGCUCAACUUGAAAACAUAUCACGCCCUGCUGAAGGUGGCUGCCAGGUGUGCAGACCUUAGGAUGUGCCUCGAUGUGUUCAAGGAAAUCGUUCAUAAAGGCCAUGCAGUCACAGAGGAGACCUUCAGUUACCUGCUCAUGGGCUGCAUCCAGGACAAGAAGACAGGCUUCCGAUAUGCCCUACAGGUGUGGAGGCAAAUGCUGAGUCUGGGGCUGCAGCCAAGCCGGCAUGGCUACAACCUACUAUUGGGGGCAGCUCGGGACUGUGGCCUGGGAGACCCAGAAGUGGCCUCAGCGCUGCUCCUGAGGCCCAGAGAAGAGAUGGUGCUGCUACAGCCCCCUGCAGGUGGGCAGCGGGCAAGGAGGCAGACAAGGAGGAAAGCCCAGGCCGGGAUGGUUGGCAGCAUGUCAGCCAGGCUGAAUGUGGAGACCCUGGAGAGGCAGCUGUUUCUGGAACCUUCUCAGGCACUUGAGAGGCCUCUGGAGCCUCCAGAGGCCAGAGGCCCCAGUAAAGCCCAGCCCGAGGUGGAAACCAAGGUGGACCCUGACCACACUGUGGCCCUUGCCUCCAUGGCCUCAGAGCCACCUCCCUGGCAGCUGGAAGCCAACCUCCUGACUCUGGAUGCAGUCCCCCCAGCUGUGGUCUCCUUUGGGACUGUGACCACCUCAGCUGACAGGCUGGCCUUGAUGGGGGGCCUGGAGGGCUUCCUGGGCAAGAUGGCAGAGCACGGACUCCAGCCUGAUAUCAAAACCCUCACGCUGCUGGCUGAGGUGGUAGAUCCCGGUAGCCCCUCAGAGUCCUCGCUGCUGACUGUCCUGGACACGCACCAGGUGGAGGCUGAUGUGACAUUCUUCAACACUCUGAUGAGGAAGAAGAGCAAGCUGGGUGAUCUGGAGGGGGCAAAGGCGCUGCUGCCAGUCUUGGCAAAGAGGGGAAUUCUCCCCAACUUCCAGACAUUCUGCAAUUUGGCCAUUGGGUGCCACAGGCCACAGGACGGUCUGCAGCUGCUGGCAGACAUGAAGGACUGAGAAGGUAAGGUCCUCAGCCAUAUGGGAUGAACCCAAAGAGUGGGGCACCUGUGCUUUCCUUUUGGAGGGGGCAGUGCAGCUCAUUGUUGCUACGAGUUUCUGCCCUUCUUGUCCCUGGCCACUGGUCUGCAGAGCAGACUUGACUGGCAGGGUAACUCACCUAACAGGAUGGGCUGCAGCAGGCUUUGGCCCAGCAGUCACCAUCAUCUCGCUGAUUGUAUGUCUGCGACGUUCCAGAAGUCCCAGAUGACACCCAACACCCACAUCUACAGCACCCUUAUCAAUGCGGCCCUCAAGAAGCUGGACUACACCUAUCUCA